AUGUGGAGGAGUCGGAGGCAAGCCGACGAGGUAGACGAGCAGGUCCAGCAGGUCGUCUCGGCCCGCAAGUCCAAGCGAAGCUGCGUGCCCUUCUCGGGAACGUACGAGUCCAUCGUGGAAGCCAUCAUCCGGCCGCCGAGGGCUCCAUACGAAGCCUCGAAUUUGGGUCCUUCAAAGUUUCUCCUCUACGGCCACGUCUUCAAACGCUUCGACCUCCAGAUCACAAACCCGCAAGGAUUGACAUUGGAGUGCAGCUGGUGGCGUCCGAGCAACCGCGAGCUCAUAUCGGAGAGCCCGCUUCCCUGCGUCGUUUGCCUUCAUGGCAACUCCUCCUGUCGACUGGAAGCUUUGCAACAUGUGCGGAUGGUCCUCACACGCGGUAUCAGCCUCUUUGCGUUCGACUUCGCGGGCUGCGGGCUCUCCGAAGGUGACUACAUCACCCUGGGCUAUCACGAGCGGGAAGAUGUCAGCACUGUCAUCUCCUAUCUUCGCGACAGUGGCGAGGUGUCCACAAUUGCUCUGUGGGGUCGCUCCAUGGGUGCGGCAACGGCCCUGCUGCAUGGGCACCGUGACCCCAGCAUUGCGGGGCUGGUACUGGACUCGCCUUUCGCGAGCUUGGAGAUGGUCGUCAGGGAGCUUAUUGCCUCUGCGAAGCGAUGGAACAUGAAAGUCAACCAGGUUUUGGGAGUUGGGGUUGGGGGCCAGAGAUGUCUUGGGAGGCACUCAGUAGCCCUUUCUGCAGAUAUUGCUUGGACAGCAGGGGGGAAGAGACGAGGAAAAUUUGCACAGCAUGCAGUGCUGCAACCUAUGAAGCCUGCAGAACAUCUGGCACUUCAAAAGUUGCAGGAUUGCUGGAUUCGUGCUGCUGGUUGCAGUAACAGUUUGACAGUGCAUCAUAGAGAGAGCCCUCCUCUGGACUAUCUGAGCAUUCCAAUGAGGCUGCCAGUGUUGCGCUCUAGUUAA